AUGUCUAUCUCAAUGAUCCGAGCGCCUCUAUCGCCACCCAUUGGGCAUAUGCUCACUCUACCCUUCUUCCCUGCCCCAAGUCCACCCAAGUCAACGCAGGCAAAAAGAGGAUACGAGCAAGCCUCGUCUCUAACAACGAGCGACAGCAAGCAAUCAUAUUGUCUCUCCAAUAGCCUUGAGUCGACGCAGCAAGAACAGUCUGACUCUAUGUCCGUCGCUGAACUCGUAGCUGCGCGGACCCGGUGUCAACGUGCAUGUCGCCGUUUCAAUAAUGCGGGCGAAGUCUCUCGAAGGCAAAUGUUGGAGCUCUGGAAAGACAUUCUGAACGACCAGACCCCUCUGCCUCCACCUCAAGAGGACCCUCUAGACGAUGAUAUCCAGCUAGAACAUUACCCUUGGAUUGAACCUCCCUUUCGAAUCGACUAUGGACACAACUUGAAAGUGGGGGAGGGUGCCUUUAUUAACUUCGAUGCAGUCAUCAUCGACACCAGUUCAAUAACAAUCGGGGCGCGCACGUUGAUUGGCCCUCGGGUCAGUUUGUACAGCGGCACGCAUCCGUUAGACCCAGUUGAGCGGAAUGGCUUCAAGGGUCCUCAGAUCGGAAAAGAAAUCCACAUUGGAGAGGACUGCUGGCUAGCAGGCAACGUGACGGUCUUGCCUGGAGUGACUAUCGGGAAGGGGGCAGUUAUCGGAGCCGGCAGUGUGGUCAACAAGACUGUACAGUACUUCCUAGACGGCACCAGCAUUCCUACCGGAGUAGGGAUUAAGUGGGGGGAUAUGAUAUGUUUUGCAACGAUCGACGGUCUGGUGGGGACCGGUUUAACGGUCCUUCUCCGGGACCAUGCAGCAAGCGAGGCGAUAGACUACGUUGAUCAGGGACAGGGAUUCUCAUUCCUAGAGCUGCUGGAGAGGUCUCCAUCGUAG